AUGCGCACUCUCGCUCUAACGUCGCUCACCGUGGCGCUUCCUAUCAUCGCGCUACCCACGACGCACCUUCGUCGCUCCAAUGCCUGUCCGGCGGACAGUGUUCUCGAUGCACCCAGCUUCACUCUUCUAGCUCUAGACGUAGCGGAUUCGACCGUGGCGCGUGCUCUGACGCUCAGCGGCGUGCACAACACGACGGUACUAGUCGCGAACGAUACAGACUCCACGCCCCCCAUCGCGUUUACAAUGACUAAAGGCGCGCUUGUUUCGGAUGAAGCAUCUUCCCUAAUCAUCCCCACACCCGGAGGGCUUCUCGAGUUCGGCGACACAACUUCGCCAGCAGCAGCGUACUGCGAUGUGUACAGCACCAGUCCGCACGGGACACAGUACCCUUACACACUCGGCGUGAACGGCGAUACCACCAGCCUCUCAAUCUGCACUUCAAGCAGCUCCAACGUGAACGUCGUUGUGUUCGAGCCUACCGAGAGCACGUCGUACAAUCAGAGUUCAUGCACGCCUGUUGUGGUGCACAUCAUUCAGUGA